GAGAUGAACGUACAUUGCAUAAAAUGAUAAACUCAUCAAUCAGUGAAAGGUUAGUGGAGUAAAGAUGGGCUAGAUGCUGAACUAAAAACCCAGAAUUUUCUUUAUCAUUUACAGAAAAAAUUAUAAGUAAAAAAUAAAACAUCAAAAGAAUCAGUUUUGCCUUGUUGAUCUUCAAUGGCUUUAUUUACACAGUUAUUUCUACUGUAUUUCUACUUUAUAUUCUCUGUUGUAUCCCAAGUUUCAGAGUUUAUCAGUAUAGAUUGUGGAAGCACAAGUAAUUACACUGACCCGAGUACUGAGCUUUCAUGGACUUCGGACAUGGAUAUGAUGAAACACGGGACACGAGUGACGGUCGAGAAUCCGAAUGGGAACUCGAUGCAGCAUCAAACUCGGAGGGACUUCCCUUCGGACAACAAUAAGUACUGUUACAAUUUGAGCACCAAGGAGAGAAGAAGGUACCUUGUUCGUGCAACAUUUCAGUAUGGAAGCCCCGGAAAUGGUGAUGCAUACCCGAAAUUCGAGCUCUACUUGGAUGCAACUGAGUGGGCGACCGUGACGAUUCAAGAUGGCUCAAGAACAUAUGUGAAUGAGAUGAUCAUAAGGGCUCCCUCAGAUUCUAUUUAUGUCUGCAUAUGCUGUGCUACUACUGGUUUUCCUUUCAUUUCUACUCUUGAGCUUCGCCCCUUGAAUCUUUCCAUGUAUGCUACGGAUUUUGAGGACGAUUUCUUCUUGAAUGUUGCAUCUAGAGUGAACUUUGGUUCUUUAACUAAGGAUAUAGUGAGGUACCCAGAUGAUCCGUAUGACAGAUUUUGGGAGUCAGAUCUCAAUAGGAGGCAGAAUUUUCUUGUAGGAGCUGCACCUGGGUCUGAACGAAUCAAUACGUCAAAGAACGUUGAUAUAAGAACCAGAGAAUAUCCGCCUGUUAAAGUGAUGCAAACGGCAGUUGUUGGCACCGAAGGAGAGCUUAGCUACAGAUUAAACCUCGAAGGCUUCCCCGCCAACGCUCGAGCCUAUGCAUACUUCGCUGAAAUCGAAGAUUUGGCUCCGAAUGAAACCAGGAAAUUCAGACUGCGAGAGCCUUACAUCCCUGAUUAUAGCAAUGCUGUGGUAAACAUAGCUGAGAAUGCCAAUGGGAGCUACACUCUUUAUGAACCGAGUUACAUGAACGUCAGUCUCGAUUUUGUUCUGUCAUUCACCUUUUCCAAGGUGAAUGAUUCUACUAGAGGGCCACUCCUUAAUGCAAUUGAGAUAAGCAAAUACCAGCAGAUUGCUGCAAAAACCGACAGGCGAGAUGUGAACGCUCUCGACGCCAUUCGGAAUAUGGCUCCCGAAAGCGUUUGGGCGAACGAAGGAGGUGAUCCUUGUGUUCCUACCUGGACAUGGGUAAAUUGCAGCCCACCACCACCAAGAAUAACAAAAAUUGCACUGUCAGGACAGAAUCUGAAGGGCCAAAUUCCAUCUGAGAUUAAUCACAUGGAGGGAUUGAUCGAGUUGUGGUUGGACUCCAACUCCUUAACAGGGCCACUCCCUGAUAUGAGUAGCCUUAUCAGUCUGAAAAUUGUACAUCUGGAGAACAAUAAACUUAACGGUUCACUACCUUCAUACCUCGGUCGUUUGCCUAACUUGCAAGCAUUGUACAUAGAGAACAACUCGUUUUAUGGGGAAAUUCCUACAGCACUGCUAAGCAAGAAAAUAAAUUUCAACUAUGAAGGUAAUCCUGGACUACGUAACGAGGCGCAGAGGAAACUGCAUUUCAAGUUGAUAGUUGGGGCCUCAAUUGGAGUGCUUGGCUUGUUAAUUCUUUUCUUGGCAAGUUUGAUAUUGUUGCGCAAUAUCCGAAGGAAGACGUCUCCCCGAAAAUGCGAUGAAAACGGUAACCUACAAUCUGACCCCAAACAAUCAACAGCCUGCUCAAUAGCACGGGGCGGGCAUUUACUGGACGAAGGCUUGGCGUACUGUAUCUCACUCUCUGAUAUAGAAGAAGCAACUAACAAUUUUACCAAAAAGAUUGGUCAAGGAAGUUUUGGAUCUGUUUACUAUGGCAAAAUGAGAGAUGGAAAGGAGGUUGCUGUCAAGACGAUGAGUGAUUCAUCUAGCCAUUUGAAUAAGCAAUUUGUGACUGAGGUUGCCCUCUUAUCAAGGAUUCAUCAUAGAAACUUGGUUCCUCUAAUUGGAUACUGCGAAGAAGCUCAUCAACGGAUACUAGUUUACGAAUAUAUGCACAAUGGAACUUUGAGGGAUCAUAUACAUGGUUCAGUCAACCAGAAGCCGUUGGAUUGGCUUACUCGAUUACGGAUUGCAGAAGAUGCAGCUAAAGGCCUUGAAUACUUGCACACUGGCUGCAAUCCGAGUAUAAUUCACCGAGAUGUAAAAACAAGCAACAUUCUUCUAGACAUUAACAUGAGAGCAAAAGUGUCCGACUUCGGACUUUCGAGACAAGCUGAGGAAGAUUUAACCCAUGUAUCGAGUGUGGCACGAGGAACAGUUGGUUACCUCGAUCCCGAGUACUAUGCAAGUCAACAACUGACUGAAAAGAGUGAUGUUUAUAGUUUCGGGGUUGUUCUUCUGGAGCUUAUCUCCGGAAAGAAACCAGUAUCCGUAGAAAAUUUUGGUCCUGAACUUAACAUUGUUCACUGGGCAAGAUCCUUAAUAUGCAAAGGCGACGUAAUAAGCAUUGUAGAUCCAUUUCUGGUAGGAAAUGUGAAGAUUGAGUCGAUCUGGAGGAUUGCUGAAGUGGCUAUCCAAUGUGUCGAACAACGCGGAUACUCCCGCCCCAAGAUGCAGGAGAUCAUUUUGGCCAUACAAGAUGCAAUGAAGAUAGAGAAAGGGGAAGAAGGCAAUGCAAAGUUAGCUUGUGGUAGUUCCAAGGGACAAUCUUCCAGGAAAACUUUACUUGCAAGCUUUCUUGAAAUUGAGAGCCCCGAUUUCUCAAAUGGCAGCCUUGCCCCGUCUGCAAGAUGAUUUUGAAGCUCAGCCAGCUGAUAUAUUAUGGUGUAUGAUGAUAAUAUCAGUCAUUCAAAUCGAAGUAUGUAUAUUCGGAAUGAAAACAACUGUAACACAGGCUUACUGGUUUUAGAUACAUGCAAAGUUAGAUGGGAAUAGAACCCGGAUUUAGUCUAGUUGGUUCAUGAAUUUUACGUGUGGAGUUCGAUCUUAAA